AUGGGUCCCUCGCUAGAUCAUAUACUCAUUCUUCUCCCUUACGAAACUCUCAAUUCCCUGCCCUCUUCUCUGACUGACAACUUCACCAUCUCACCUGGAGGCGCCCACUCCGAUGGUCUCACCGAAAACAAACUCAUAAUCUUCCGUGAUGGUUCCUACAUCGAACUCAUAGCCUUCACGCCGUUCGCUGACGAAUCUGGUGGACGAUCAACCCACUGGUGGGGUAACAAGAAAGAAGGAGAGUUUAUUGAUUUCGCGCUCACUGCCGACUCCAAAACUGCCGAUUACCAGCGGACUUUGAGGGUGUAAACUCACGACUCGGUGGAGUUUCUGGAAUCCAGUAUGAAAAGCCCAGAGCGGGAGCGAGAAUUAGACCUGACGGCCAGAAAGUCGAGUGGUUUGUUACUUUUCCGAAGAUUGGUGGUGAAAGUGGGAUUUCUCAACGGGGGGUUCUGCCUUUCUUUUGUCAUGAUGUUACCGAUAGAAGAUUGAGAGUCCCGCUUGAUGAAGAAAACGUUACACAUCCGUGUGGUGCGCUCGGUGUUGAAGGAUUUAAUGUGUUUGUUGGUGAGAAGGAAGCGGACCGGUGA